GGCAGUCCGAAAAGCACAGUCAGCGUUCAAUCGUUCAAGCAACCUCAGCUCGGCAAACAACACAGACCUUUCGUGUGUCCCAUCUCGUUGUGACAGAACAGAAAAACAGUCCCACAAUUCUAUUCAAAAUGUUCCGAUUGGUGGUGUUGUCCGUUGUUCUCGCCGUUGCCGCUGCCGCUCCCGGUGCCCACCUGGUGCACUCGGCCCCGCUAGCCUACUCGACCGUGGUGGCUGCUGCGCCCGCCCUCGUCGCCCAGAAGGAGAUCUCGUACCAGAAGAGCAUCGUGGAGGAGCCGACCGUGGCGCACGUUGGCACGAUCGAGAAGUCCGUCCCGACUGGCUACUCGCACCAGAGCUUCACCCAGUACCACAACAAGCAGGUCGCUGAGCCCGUGUUCGCCCCGGCCGUGAAGAAGACCGUCGUGUCGACGCCGGUCGAGAAGACGACCUACGUCCAGGCUGCCGCCCCGGUUGUUCACGCCGCUCCGGCUGUGUAUGCUGCCCCGGUCCAGACCGUCUACGCUGCUGCCCCAGUUGCCAAGACCUACGCUUAUGCUGCUCCGGUGGAGAAGACCUACACUUAUGCUGCUGCCCCGGCUGCCAUCUCGUACGAGGCUGCUCCAGUUGCGUACGCCGCUCCCCUGAAGACGUCCUACGUCAGCAGCUACCCGUCGGUGUACGCUGCCCCGGCCGUCUAUGCUCACGAUUACUAAGCAACACUGACUGUGUGUUCUAAUCGAUCCCUUCCCCAUGCGUGCGUUCGUGCAAGCGAGAACUUUAUUUUUCUCUUGUUCAAACGUUUUUUCGGACUGUUUUUUGUAAUUGAAAGAUGAGGAAAAUAAAUUAAACCUUUAAAAAACUGAA